ACUCAGGUGGCCGCAUUGUCUGGCCACAGAGUUGAAAUCCCUCGUGAUCUUGAUAACCCUGCUGGGAGAGUUCAAUCUGGCCGCCUCCAUCACCAUGUUCUACAUCUACACUUCUGAACUCCUCCCCACCAUCAUCAGGGCGACAGGUCUGGGUCUAGUGUCUCUGAUCUGGGUGGCUGGAGGCAUCUUGUCUGUGACACUCAUCCACCAGAACAUUGCCAUCCUACCCAUCAUUCUCUGCUCCCUCUCGGCCUCCGUGGCUUUGUUCUACUGCUCCAAUUUGCCAGAAAUGCAAGAUCAGCCCCUACCUGAUACCCUGGAGCACAUUACACCACAGUCAAGGAGCAUAAGCGAGGAACUCUCGAAUGAGGACAUGUUAAGUGAUGACAUGACGGAGGAAGUGGCCAAGAACACCAUUCUCAACUCCAGGUUGACGAGCAUGGACCAAGAUAGUCUCUCCAGCCCACCUUUGCAAUCUAAAGAUGAAAAAAUAGACAAAGAGGAGGACUGAGAACCAGGCUUUCGGAUGAUCUCGGGUGGGAGCUGAGGGGCUGGAUAUGGGGCUGUGAAUUCUAGGCCUAUUCCAACUUGGGUGGCAGGGUCAGUCCUGCUCCAAGGCCAGCCCUGGAGAUUUAGACAUGGCCCCACCUCUCAGGGAGCUAGCAUAUGAUUCAUUCCAAUAAAGGUACCAUGUUUUACUUGA